CAUUGGUCCCUCGGAUUUCCCUCCUCUCUUCUUGCAGCAAAUCCAUUGCUGUGCUGUGCAGCCCUGCUGCUCUCUUCUCCCCCUACUCCAAAAACUUCACAAAAUCACCCCAAAAAAGAUCCAUUCUCGGAGCACAAAAGAAUCUUUUGCAAAUUUGUAUCAAACAAAAAUGGCAGUUCUUGGUCUAUCCACUGCCUUCUCUCCUCCCAGAGGUUCUUGUAUAGCUGUGAGGAUCAGGCAUGGCGCUAGGUCAGCAAGGAGCAACCUGUCCCUGAGGAGGAGGAGCGCCGGCGGCGGCGCCAUUGGCGUCCGUGCCGAGGUGAGCUUCGUCGACGGCGACGAGGCGAAGCGGCUGGUGGCGGAGGAGGGGUACACGGUGCUGGACAUCCGGGACCGGACGCAGCGCGAGAGGGCGCACAUCAAGAACUCAGCGCAUGUGCCCCUCUUCGUCGAGAACGACGACGGCGACAUUGGAACUAUUAUAAAGCGCACGGUACACAGCAACUUCGCCGGCCUGUUCUUCGGGCUACCAUUCACCAAACGGAACCUAGAGUUCACCAAGAUGGUCAAGGAUAAGUUCUCGCCGGAGAGCAAGCUGCUGGUGGUCUGUCAAGAAGGGCUCAGGUCCACGGGAGCUGCUGAUGUAUUGGAGAGAGAAGGCUUCCAAAAUCUGGCAUGCAUCAAAUCAGGGCUUCAGACACUGAAGCCAGGAACAUUUGAAUCUGUUGGCAAAAGUGAGCUGCAAAACGCAGGGAAAGCAGGACUUGUGACGGUGCAAGGGAAGAUUUCCGCUGUUCUUGGAACUGUGUUGAUAAGUGCCUACCUUUUCAUCACAUUGUUCCCUGACCAGGCUGAAAAGCUUUUUGACUUGGCUGGAAUCAAAUUGUGAUCAGAAUUGUAUCUCUUUUCAUGCAUUUUGGUUCUCCUCUUGGGGAUUCAUGUUCCCAUUGCAAGGUUAACUUAGGCGGACUUGGGGAGAUCUUUUCAUGAUGAAAAGAAAGUUAGGCUCAGUGUGUAAUAUGUAGGGAAUUGUUGGCAUAUCCAAAUGUAUUUCCUCUUGAAUACAUUAUUUUGCUCGCAUGCAUCCUCUCCUUUUCCAAUUGUAUGUUUGGUUUAUCGAAUUUUUGUUGUUCCGACAAAAAAAUUAGGCCCUUGCAGAGUAAUGGUUCAGGAUUUCAAGCUGAGCACAGAAUAGAAAGUUUAACAAAAAAAAGAAAGUGUAGUCUGUAGAUUGUAAUACCAAUAACAUCUGAAAACCACAAGCUAUGUAAUUGUACCUUUAUGCGUGUGAUGUUUUUAACUACAAUCAAACAAUAGUCAGUGAAA